AACAACACACAAAUAUAUAAGUCUUUAAAAAGCAUUAAUUAGCAUAACCUUUUGUUCGAAAAUCAUGAGGUUUUCCAAGUCUCUCAUCCUGAUUACCUUAUCGGCUUUGGUCAUUUCCUUUGCCGAAGCUUCUGAUCCAAGUCCACUUCAAGACUUUUGUGUGGCCAUCGAUGACCUCAACAAUGGUGUUUUUGUGAAUGGUAAGUUCUGUAAGGAUCCGAAGCAAGCGAAGGCAGAAGAUUUCUUCUUCUCAGGCCUCAACCAGGCAGGAAACACUGAUAAUAAAGUCAGAUCCAACGUGACAACGGUCAAUGUCGACCAGAUUCCAGGGUUAAACACUUUGGGAAUAUCCUUGGUCCGCAUAGACUAUGCGCCGUAUGGACAAAACCCGCCUCACACGCACCCUCGUGCCACUGAGAUCCUUGUUCUUGUCGAGGGAACGUUAUAUGUCGGUUUUGUCUCUUCCAAUCAAGACAAUAACCGUUUAUUCGCCAAAGUGCUGAACCCCGGUGACGUGUUCGUGUUCCCCAUAGGAAUGAUCCAUUUCCAAGUGAAUAUCGGGAAGACCCCCGCAGUGGCCUUUGCUGGAUUGAGUAGUCAAAACGCUGGUGUUAUCACAAUCGCAGAUACUGUGUUUGGGUCAACGCCUCCGAUUAAUCCAUAUAUUCUAGCUCAGGCGUUUCAGUUAGAUGUCAAUGUUGUCAAGGACCUUGAGGCCAAGUUUAAAAACUAAAUCUAGUCACCACAAUAUGAGUGUUUAUCGUUGUAGCACUAAAGUAAUGAUGUAACAAGAAUUAAAGAUUUAUGCUGAAUAUAAUAAAGAAAGGUGUUGUUC